UGUGUAUAAUGAGAGAAUAAUGGCGGAGAAAGUAGGGAAGACGACUGCCGUGGGGACUAAAUCCAUGCCCAUGAAAUUAUUUGCAACAUGGGAAGUGGAAAAAACAUCUCCAAACUGUAUCCCAAGACUGUGUUCCCUCACACUAAACCGUCUAAUUGUGUUGAAACCCCUGGAAAAUGAAAACCAUUCAUUAAUUAUAGCAGUCAAAAUGCAGAACUCUAAGAGAACUCUUCGCUCCAACGAAAUCUGUAUGCCAUCGUCUGGUCUCCUGGAUGUGGAAUUGGAUCUAGCCUUCUCUCUACAGUAUCCACAUUUUCUGAAGCGAGAUGGAAACAAACUCCAUGUCAUGCUACAGCGACGAAAAAAGUACAAAAAUAAAACGAUUCUUGGCUACAAAACACUUGCAGUUGGCCAAAUAAACAUGGGACAGGUUCUACAGAGGUCAAUAGACAAGGACCUAAAUCUGUUCAGUGAUACCAAAGAAAACAGCACAGUGCUAGUGGCCAAACUGACCAUGGUGACAGUGUCCAGUCAACCAGUGGACCAUGUAGAGAGUGACCAGAGGAAAACGGUUUCAUCUGAUGUUGAUCGUUCCCCCGAUGUUGACAACGACAGCGAUGAUGACUACCCUGAUCAUGAAGAAUGGUCAAAUGAUGGUUUCAGCGAUUGUGAUCACACACUAAUGGAGGAUGACGGACGAACUCGGCCCAGGAAAGUCAGCCGGGGUAACAUACGCCCGGUACCUCGGGGACGACUACAGAGGAACAUAAAACAGAGAUUUAUCGCUUUGCUGAAGAAGUUCAAGGCUUCAGAAGAUGGUCUUGAUUCGGAGGCUGACCAUGAACUUGGUGACCCCGAUGCAAAUCCUGAUCCUGCAGAUGCUGAUGACAUUGAAGAUUUAAUUGAUGAACUGGAGGAUUUGAGUGACAGCGGUCCAGAACCUGAGUUAGAUGCUGUCAGUGUGGUGUCUACUCCCAAACCCAGAUUAAGGCCAUUUUUUACCCGUAAUGGAUUUGAUGCCUCGGAGUCCAGUAAGGAAAGUGGCAAACUCAGUGAUGACAACAGUUCAAGGAAAAAUGACUCCGACAGUUUAGCUGAAUGUGUGCAGCCCUUGAUUGAGGGAAGCCAAGAGAAGGCGGCGCCAUGCGAGGACCGCGAUACUGAUCCAGACCAGGUCGAAUCUCACUGCAAGCCCAAAUCUCCAAAACUGAAACCCAAGAUGUCACGCAUGCGGAGCCGCUCUUACCGAGAAAAACAAGUGAAGAAGGAUGUGAAACAACUUGUGCGCCGGAAUAGUACUGGAGUGGUAGAGGGCUCGCCCAGGAAGGCCUUGCUGGAUCAGUUGAGUGCUGUCCUUGGAGGUUCUGAUGAUCUACUCCCGGAGAAUGUUGUCUUGGUAAACACAGUGGAGUGGCAGGGACAGUUGAUGGUCCAGAAACUCCAAGAGAAACAGCUCAAGGUCAUCUGUACAUGUGGAGAUGCUGACGUCAAGGCGGCCAUGAGUUUCCUUGUUACAAAAAUUCAAAAAUUUUGUAAUAGUAACUCUAAAAGUCCACACCCGGUGAAGGUGGGCAUUGCUGGGGGCGAUGGCUACAUCAACUCAGUACUGCGGCCGUAUGUAGAACAGUUCUCGGCAAAACCACACGACUGGCAGAACUACGUACGAUUUCUAGUCAUACCAUUCGGUGCGAGUUGUAUAGGGAAACAUCUUGGCGCCCUGGAUAACACAUACAGUUCACUGUUCCUCGACUCUCUAUGGAAGGACACAUUCGAGAAACCAGAGAUAUCUAAAUUAGAUUCUCAGGAAAUUCUUAAUCGGGUUUCCAAGUACCUGAGUAAUGCUAACGGACUGUUACAAAUCCCAAUCUCAGAGGCAAUGGUCAUGUGUCGAGGUAGAAGUUCUGAUGACGAGUCAUCUCAGAUGUUUCUACCGUUCUUGAGCGAAGUGAAAAUUGGAAAUCCAGAAGUACUAAAUGCUUCCGUGGACUUGGAUGACUCAAGUUGUAUGGUGAACUCCCCCUCCCUGUCCAGCUCACCUCCCUCCGCCAUGAUUCUACUAGAUAAACCAAAGGAGACUCAGACCCCUCCCAGCUCUCCCAGUGUCAACCUCACCCCCACCAACCAGAGCCAAGGAAGCACCAGUGGCCAGACUGGUCUGGGAGAGCUUAUGGAGCUACAAGUUGAUUACUGGACAGCUACCAACAAACCCGACAGCUCUGAGAAAACCGACAAAGCCAGUAAAAAGGACAGCAAUAAGUCCUCUCUCAAAACUACCUUCCGAUCCCUCCAGGUCCAGCGAACCACACAACUACCCAUAUCACCCUGUGACAGCCAAUCGGCAUGCUUCUCGAUGGUUGUGGUUACCAGGGAGAAAAAACAAAAAAUCAUGAGGCUUGGCAAGAAGGCCAAGGAGAUUGAGUCGAAAAGCCAGGUUGUCGAGGGAAUCAACAGACUUAUAUGUACUUCCAAAAGUCAAAACUAUUCCCUAAGAGUGAUGGUGGAUGGGACGGAAUGGAGGGGAAUCAAGUUCUUCCAGUUGUCAUCACAAUGGCAGACACAUAUCAAAUCGUUUCCUGUCGUUGUGUUCUGUAACACAGAAGUCAUGUGAUCCUCUGUACACUAAUCCCAGCGUCAUUUGGACAUUGUUGUGUCGACCUUAUCCCAGCGUCAUUUGAACAAUGUUGUGUGGAUGUCCAAAAGUUUUUUGCUUGGACAAUUCCAAGGUUGUUGUAGCGACCAAGGUCAACUUUUUAUGGACAGGUGCAAUACCUGGUGACCGUUCCUGUGCUUUAAUAUGGUAACAGCAUUGCAGGGCUUCCUAUCACCAUGGUUACCGAGGUAACCAAGAGCUUUAACAGACUAAAUGGUCACCUCUAACACAGACAUUAUGGUCUCCAUGACUACUGUGACAAUGUCAUCAGGUCAGUGCAAUGACCUCACUUCAUAUCUAUAAAUAGGUUUCUCUUCACAUACCGUGUACCUUCGACUAUAGAUAGGUUAUACACAUGUACUCUCCGCAAACAAAAGAUGUAGUGUGUGAGGUUGGCUGUGUUUGUACACAUGUACUCUCCACAAACAAAAGAUGUAGUGUGUGAGGUUGGCUGUGUUUGUACACGUGUACUCUCCACAAACAAAAGAUGUAGUGUGUGAGGUUAGUAGUGUUUGUACACAUGUACUCUCCACAAACAAAAGAUGUAGUGUGUGAGGUUAGCUGUGUUUGUACACGUGUACUCUCCACAAACAAAAGAUGUAGUGUGUGAGGUUGGCUGUAUUUGUACACAUGUACUCUCCACAAACAAAAGAUGUAGUGUGUGAGGUUGGCUGUGUUUGUACACAUGUACUCUCCACAAACAAAAGAUGUAGUGUGUGAGGUUAGUAGUGUUUGUACACGUGUACUCUCCACAAACAAAAGAUGUAGUGUGUGAGGUUAGUAGUGUUUGUACACGUGUACUCUCCACAAACAAAAGAUGUAGUGUGUGAGGUUAGUAGUGUUUGUACACGUGUACUCUCCACAAACAAAAGAUUUAGCGUGUUAGGUUGGCUGUGUUUGUACACGUGUACUCUCCACAAACAAAAGAUGUAGUGUGUGAGCUCGAGGUUAGCAGUGUUUGUACACAUGUACUCUCCACAAACAAAAGAUGUAGCGUGUUAGGUUGGCUGUGUUUGUACACGUGUACUCUCCACAAACAAAAGAUGUAGUGUGUGAGGUUGGCUGUGUUGUACACAUGUACGCUCUACAAUUGAUGGUUUGUGCGAGUUUAGCUGUGUUAAAUACACCACAAGGUUGGCCAGUGAGGGUCCAGAUUGAUGGUUUGUGCGAGUUCAGCCGUGUUAAAUACACCACAAGGUUGGCCAGUAGGGGUCCAGAUUGAUGGUUUGUGUUAAAUACACCACAAGGUUGGCCAGUAAGGGUCCAGAUUGAUGGUUUGUGUUAAAUACACCACAAGGUUGGCCAGUAAGGGUCCAGAUUGAUGGUUUGUGUUAAAUACACCACAAGGUUGGCCAGUAAGGGUCCAGAUUGAUGGUUUGUGUUAAAUACACCACAAGGUUGGCCAGUAGGGGUCCAGAUUGAUGGUUUGUGUUAAAUACACCACAAGGUUGGCCAGUAAGGGUCCAGAUUGAUGGUUUGUGUUAAAUACACCACAAGGUUGACCAGUAGGGGUCCAGAUUGAUGGUUUGUGUUAAAUACACCACAAAAUUGGCCAGUAAGGGUCCAGAUUGAUGGUUUGUGUUAAAUACACCACAAGGUUGGCCAGUAAGGGUCCAGAUUGAUGGUUUGUGUUAAAUACACCACAAGGUUGGCCAGUAAGGGUCCAGAUUGAUGGUUUGUGUGAGUUUAGCUGUGUUAAAUACACCACAAGGUUGGCCAGUAGGGGUCCAGAUUGAUGGUUUGUGUUAAAUACACCACAAGGUUGGCCAGUAGGGGUCCAGAUUGAUGGUUUGUGUUAGAUACACCACAAGGUUGGCCAGUAGGGGUCCAGAUUGCCAAAUGUUUAUUGUGAUAGUGCUUCUUGUGUGAGUGUCCUGUAUAUACCUGUUUAUUUAUAAUGCUCCACUGUUUUAUCAUGUGAUCAGUCUUUGUGUGGUACAGACGUUUUGUGUCAUACAGAGAGUACUGACGCUCUGUAUCGUGCAGAGAGUACUGACGUUCUGUGUUGUACAGACGGUACUGACGUUCUGUGUCGUACAGAUGGUACAGACUGUCUGUUGAACAGAGAGUCUGAUUGUCUGUUGAACAGAGAGUACUGACAUUCUGUGUGGUACAGACGGUACUGACAUUCUGUGUUGUACAGAUGGUACUGACAUUCUGUGUGGUACAGACGGUACUGACGGUAUGUGUCGUACAGACAGUACUGUCAUUCUGUGUGGUACAGACGGUACUGACGUUCUGUGUCGUACAGAGAGUACUGACAUUCUGUGUGGUACAGACAGUACUGAUGUUCUGUGGCGUACAGAGAGUUCUGACACUCUGUGUCGUACAGACGGUACUGACGCUCUGUGUCGUACAGAGAGUACUGACGUUCUGUGUCGUACAGAAGAUACUGACUGUCUGUGUCAUACAGAGAGUACUGACGUUCUUUGCCAUACAGACGAUACUGACGCUCUGUGUCAUACAGACAGUACUGAAGCUCUGUUGUACAGAAGGUACUGACUGUCUGUGUGUCGUACAGAGAGUACCGACGCUCUGUGCCAUACAGACGGUACUGACGCUCUGUGUCGUAUAGACAGUACUGACAUUCUGUGUUGUAUGAAUAUAAGGUCCCUAGUAAACUGUGACUUUGUAAGUGAUCUUCCUCAUUUGAUUAUUUUUUUAAUUUGAAAUACUAUAAAGUGUAUACAUACUACUAUCAUACUACUAUUUAUCUUUCUGCCUUGGUUGGCACUUAAGGCUUUCAUUUGGAGAUAUUAUCACCAAUGUUGUUUUUGUUUCAGUCUUUUUGUGGUGUAUUGGUCAGAUCACAUUCUUAUCUCUCAAUAAUUCCUAAUGCACUGAUUGGCACAGUUUUGUUUACAAGGAUAUCCCUCCAUUUAGCACUUCCCUGUUAUUUUUGUUUUCCAUCAGCUCACAAAUUGAACAUGUCCAAGUGCUAACUGUAUACUAAUUAUUGAUUGCUGAGAAUAAUCUGUGAAUUCCGUUUAACUAACUCUUGUGAUAAAGUUUUUUUCCAUUAAUUAUCAUUUAAUGAAGAAAAACCAAACUUUAAUUUUCAUUUUUUUUUUUAGAUUUUUCCAAAAAUCAUAGCAGUAAAUGAAUUAAGUAAUCCUGUUAGUUCCUACCUGUAGCUGUCCUGUAUAAGAACUGUAACCUGUUAGUUCCUACCUGUAGCUGUCCUGUAUAAGAACUGUAACCUGUUAGUUCCUACCUGUAGCUGUCCUGUAUAAGAACUGUAACCUGUUAGUUCCUACCUGUAGCUAUCCUGUAUAAGAACUGUAAUUAAGUACUGUGUAUUUGUGAGGUACCCUCAUAGUAAUAGUAUAGCAUGUGAGAUGAUUCUUGAGUAUGGGCAUUUCAAAUAGCUUCUAUUACUGUGUGGGUGAGUGUCUUGUCUAUCUAUGUACCGAAGCUAAGCAAUUCCCAGAAGUGUUGGGUUUAAAAGCCUUCUCCUUUUGACCAGUUUACUGUAUUUCAACCAGAUUUUCUUUGAAGCAUCUUGGGACAAAGAAAUUAAAUGUUAUGUCAUAGAAAGAUUUUCUCUUUUCUAUGGAGAGGCAGAGGCCAAAAUAGGAAAACAAAAAUUUAUUCUUGAUGUAGAAUGAAAAUAACAAUUUAAAUGUCCUAUGAGCGAUGCAGGCCUUCUCGGCCUCUUGUUUCAUUGUUUCCAUGUUAUCAAAAGUACAUCCAGAAUGGAGCUUAAGAAUGGAGCUUUUCUAGUUGAUUUGAAUAAAAUGUUUCAUAAUUUAUAAUCCUCUAUUUACCUGUAAACAAUGGUGUAAGGAUUCUGAAAAUUGUCAUCUGACCAUGGACACUUGUAAUACAUGUAUUCAUAUUUUUGAUUGUUAAUAAUAUUAUUGAUUUUCAUCCAUAUUUUCAAUUUCGUGAAUGAUUUUGUUGUUAAAUUUUUGGCAUACAUUUUCCCUUAUAGUUAAUAUGUUGAUUACCUGUAUCUUGUACCAAAUUGUACACAACACUAUCUCAUGAUCACCGCAAAUAUGUUGAGAUGUUAACCACUUUUAGUUAAAGGCGUUUCAUUUUACAGGCACGAUUUUUCACCUCAAUUCAAGCAAGCUUGUAUUACCAGAAAAUAUCUAUAAUUGAAAAACAUGCAUUAUAUUUCUUAUUUUUCUUAUUUUCUGUAUUCUCUUGCUUGAAUGACUUAGACCUUCUUUCUUCCAUGAAGAAUAAUAUUCAAACCCGUUUUUGAUUAUGUCUAUAAUACUAGUACUGUUAUCAAGAUACUUUUAAAAAGGUACAAUGUACAGUUAAUGAAAAAAGUAUUAUUUAAAACUUGAUUAUUACUGACCAUGCAGGUAGAAUAUUAGACAUGUAAAAGCAUUAUUUUAAUAUUGGUCUUUGAUUGAUGUUUUUAAUUCAAACUUACGAAAAAUGAUAUAGAAGUAUAAUUGUUUUUAAGGAGCGUAACUUCUGUAAGAGUGAUGUUUUAAUAUUGAUGUAAACAAUGUUUUGCUAGCAUUAUGGCUUGUCAAACAUAAUAUCAUGAUGUUGAUUCGAAUUACAUCAAUGUUGAUUUGUGAUAGUAUUAUUUAUUUCCCAUGUCAGAUUGAUUUAUUUCUCAUGUCAGAUUGAUUUAUUGGAAGAUUAUUUUUGUUUUUGACUGUAACAUAUUUUUUUUUCCGUGACAUCUUGCCAGAAUACCAAACUUGACCUUCAGUAUUGACCUUGUGAGUUAUCCCCCCUGUUCCCACCCUUCCUACACUCCACACGAGUGGUGUAGGUAAUGGUGCUAUUUUUGUAGUAUUUUUAUCCCAAAUAUACAAGGCCAUUCUUGUUGAUUGUAAAGCUGUUAACCUUUUGUUAUUGUGCUAGAUAGGUUGGAUUUUUGGGCAGACAUUUGGAAUCUGACUAUGUUAUUAAUAUUGAUGAUUUAUGAGUGAGGACUUUUGGACAGGCAUUUGAAAUCUGACAAUGUUAUUAAUAGAUGAUAUUUGCAAUUGAUGAUAUGUUUUCCUUCUACAUCCAUUUAAUGUUUAUAUCCAGGGAAACUUUCACAAUAUGUAACAUGUAGUAAUUUUUGUAAGGUAGAAGAGAGGCAACAUGAGAAGCCAAAGUGAGUUUAAUAUUUAGAUUGUAAGAUUGAUUUCAUUGUAAAAUGUCACAAGGUACCAUCAUGUUUUCAUGUAAACGUUGUACAUUAACCUCCAUUUCAUUGAGAAAUGAUUCACUAGUCUGAGACACAGGAUAUAUCUAGUGUCGUAUAGUCCCAUGUUUCAGUGUUUAAUCAGAAUCGCAGUCUCCUGUAACAUUUUUUGUGUUAACUGAUAUUCUUGUGUUGACAGAUUUUUGUCAAUUUUUGUUGCAAUAGUUAGAUCUUUGUGAAAGAGCUUUUAACUUUUUCAAUUCAUCACAGAUUUGUGCAAUUUUUUCUUAAAUGCAAUGAUUUCUCUAUCCUGAUGUAGCAUUAGACCGCCCAGUGUAGAGGGUGAUGUUCCUGUCGAGGUGUGCCCUGAAGUGUAGAGGGUGAUGUUCCUGUCGAGGUGCGCCCUAAAGUGUAGAGGGUGAUGUUCCUGUCGAGGUGCGCCUUAAAGUGUAGACGGUGAUGUUCCUGUCGAGAUGCGCCCUAAGGUGUAGAGGGUGAUGUUCCUGUCGAGAUGCGCCCUAAGGUGUAGAGGGUGAUGUUCCUGUCGAGGUGCGCCCUGAAGUGUAGUGGGUGUUGUUACCGAUGAGGUGUGCCCUAAAGUGUAGAGGGUGAUGUUCCCGUCGAGGUGCGCCCUAAAGUGUAGACGGUGAUGUUCCCGUCGAGGUGCGCCCUAAAGUGUAGAGGGUGAUGUUCCUGUCAAGGUGCGCCCUAAAGUGUAGAGGGUGACGUUACCGUCGAGGUGCGCCUUAACGUGUAGAGGGUGAUGUUCCUGUCAGGGUGCGCCAUGUGUAGAGGGUGAUAUUACCGUUGAGGUGCACCCUUAAGUGUAGAGGGUGAUGUUCCUGUCGAGGUGCGCCCAGUGUAGACAUCAAUGUUCCUGUCGACGAGGAGCUUACUAUAGGUAUAUUUGAGAUAACAAGAAUCUGAUGGUGCAAUUUUAUAAGGUUGCUUUCUCCAUACCAUUUGUCAUAUUUUGUUUACAUUGAAUACAAUGAUUUAGCUUUCAAAAUUUAAUUCCUAGACACAGAUAUUGGAGGUCUUGGUAAAGCUAGAUUAGAAACGAUGGCUUGUCCAGAACAUAUGAAAGCUCUCAAGAAUCUUUUACAUUAUUGCAGACUUUUUGUUUCAUAUUUGAAAUGUUUUCUCAGAUAUCUUUUUAAAAUAUUUUUAUUUUUGCAGUUUUAUUCAUAAGAGUGCUUUAUUUAAGGAAACAGUACAACAUCUUGGUAGAAAGAGCAUUGAUUAAAUGACAUUGAUUAAAUGACAUGAUAUGCUAGUGAGAAUUUCUCUUUAGCCAAGUAACAGAGUAGGGAGGGGAUUUCCCUCUUGCUCAGUGACAGAAUAGGAUGGGGAUGUCCCUCUUGCCCUGUGACAGGGUUAUACACAUCAUAAGUCAGCACAAAUAAGUAUUUAAAAACACUACUCAGAGUAAAACAAAUGAAAUACUAAGUAUAUUGUUAUGCUGUGGAGGACUUUGGAAAAGUCCUCUGAGUUAAAUAUAUAAAUGAGGAGUUUCUGUUAAGGAUUUCAAACUGGAAAAUUCCACCCAACCUUAAAUGUAUCAUUCUCCAAUCUUCUGAAACAGGUAUUUACCUAAUCUCAAUAAAUACCAGAUAAUUAGAUCAUAUAGUAUACCAAUACAGAUCCUACUCUACAUUAUGUUAACCUCACUGACUCAAAUGACAUAGUGAGCUUGUGUCAUGUUUAACCUACUCCUCUUAAGCAAAUAA